AUUUUAUAAAAACAAUAGAAAGAAAAAAAAGGUAACUCCUUUUGCAAAAGCUUUCUUUCUCUUUGUAAUUUUUGAAACAUCAACAACAAAUUCUCAUCAUAUUCACCACCUUCUUGCUUUCUUUCCUUUUCUCUCUUUCUUUAUACAAUCCACUGCAUUACUCUCUUUCUUUUGCUUCUAUUCUUUUUAUCGUUCUCUCUCCAUCACAUUUCUUUGUGUUGUUGGAAGUAUUGUUCCUUCAAUGGAGAGCAACCCAGUUCAGCUUUUUCAUUAUUUUGCAACCUGUCUUACGCUUGCAAUUCUUUUCUUUUUGGUUUUGCCGUCAGUUUCUGCGGCUGAGCAAGAUGUUGGUACUUCAAUUAAGACUGAUGCUGCCGCUUUACUUAUGUUUAAGAAAAUGAUUCAGAAAGAUCCGAAUGGAGUUUUGUCUGGAUGGAAGCUUAAUAGUAGUCCAUGUAUCUGGUAUGGAGUUUCUUGUUCUCUUGGAAGAGUAACUCAGCUUGAUCUUACUGAGGCUAAUCUUGUUGGGAUCAUAUCUUUUGAUCCUUUAGAUUCUCUUGUUAUGUUAUCUUCUUUAAAGUUAUCUUCAAAUUCAUUUACUGUAAAUUCUACUUCUUUGCUUCAGCUCCCAUAUGCACUUCAACAUCUUGAAUUAUCUUCUGCUGUACUUUUAGGUGUGGUUCCUGAGAAUUUCUUCUCCAAGUAUCCAAAUCUUGUUUAUGUCAAUCUCUCUCAUAAUAAUUUAACAGGUUCUUUACCUGAUGAUCUUUUAUCCUACUCUGAUAAAUUGCAGGUCCUAGACCUUUCUUAUAACAAUUUCACAGGCUCAAUUUCUGGUUUCAAAAUUGAUCAAAGCUCUUGCAACUCCUUAUGGCAACUUGAUCUAUCAGGAAACCAUUUAGAAUAUUUCAUUCCUCCUUCACUUUCAAACUGCACAAAUCUCAAAUCUCUGAAUUUGUCAUCCAAUAUGCUUACAGGAGAGAUCCCAAGAUCUUUCGGUGAACUCAGUAGUUUACAGAGAUUAGAUCUGUCGCAUAAUCAUCUAACGGGUUGGAUCCCCUCUGAGUUGGGAAAUGCCUGUAGUUCACUUCUGGAGGUUAAGCUUUCUUUUAACAACAUUUCAGGCUCUAUUCCUAUCUCUUUCUCUACUUGUUCUUGGCUGCAAGUUCUUGAUUUAUCCAACAAUAACAUAACAGGUCCUUUUCCUGAUUCUAUCCUUCAGAAUCUUAGUUCAUUAGAGAGAUUGCUCUUAAGUUACAAUCUCAUCUCAGGAUCAUUCCCAGUUUCCAUUUCCUACUGCAAAAAUUUAAGAGUUGUGGAUCUUAGUUCCAAUAAAUUUUCUGGCAUAAUCCCACCAGAGAUAUGUCCUGGUGCAGCUUCUCUUGAGGAGCUGAGAAUGCCAGAUAAUCUCAUAGUCGGAGAAAUCCCUGCUCAGUUAUCACAAUGUUCCAAGCUAAAGUCGCUUGAUUUUAGCAUAAACUACCUCAAUGGUUCAAUCCCAGCUGAGCUAGGGAAGCUUGGGAAUCUUGAGCAACUUAUAGCAUGGUACAAUGGCUUGGAAGGGAAAAUACCAGCAGAAUUGGGAAAAUGCAGGAACCUGAAGGAUUUGAUACUCAACAAUAAUCACCUUACUGGUGAAAUUCCUGUUGAAUUAUUCGACUGCAGUAAUCUUGAAUGGAUAUCUCUAACAAGCAAUCAGAUUUCAGGCAAAAUCCCAAGCGAAUUCGGCCUUUUGUCAAGGUUAGCUGUUCUACAGCUUGGAAAUAACAGCUUAAGUGGAGAGAUACCAAGAGAGCUAGGAAAUUGCAGCAGCUUGGUUUGGUUAGACUUGGGAAGCAAUAGGCUGACUGGUGAAAUCCCGCCUCGACUUGGUCGACAGCUUGGAGCAAAAGCACUGGGUGGAAUUCCAUCUGGAAAUACUUUGGUGUUUGUAAGAAAUGUCGGUAAUUCAUGCCAAGGAGUUGGAGGUUUGUUGGAAUUUGCUGGUAUCAGAUCAGAAAGACUUUUGCAGUUUCCAACACUUAAAACUUGUGAUUUCACAAGAUUGUAUACAGGACCAGUACUGAGUCUGUUUACACAAUACCAGACUUUGGAGUAUCUAGAUCUUUCCAAUAACCAGCUUCGAGGGAAGAUUCCAGAUGAAAUGGGGGAAAUGAUGGCUUUACAAGUUCUUGUAUUAUCAUAUAAUCAGCUAUCUGGAGAGAUUCCUCCAUCACUUGGUCAGCUCAAGAAUUUGGGUGUUUUUGAUGCAUCUCAUAACAGAUUGCAGGGUGAAAUCCCAGACUCAUUUUCAAACUUGUCUUUCUUGGUGCAAAUUGAUUUGUCUUAUAAUGAGUUAACAGGGGAAAUCCCACAGAGAGGGCAGCUCAGUACACUUCCGGCAACACAGUAUGCGCACAAUCCUGGACUUUGUGGUGUUCCGUUGUCUGAUUGCCAUGGUAAGAAUGGUCAAGGAACAACUAGUCCAAUAGCAUAUGGUGGUGAAGGAGGUCGAAAGAGUGCAGCUUCAUCAUGGGCUAAUAGCAUUGUUUUAGGGAUCCUUAUUUCUGUUGCUUCUUUAUGCAUUUUGAUUGUGUGGGCGAUAGCAAUGCGCGUGAGGCAUAAGGAGGCAGAAGAUGUCAAGAUGCUUAGUAGCUUGCAGGCAUCUCAUGCUGCCACAACAUGGAAAAUUGACAAAGAGAAAGAGCCAUUGAGCAUCAAUGUAGCAACUUUUCAGAGGCAGCUAAGAAAGCUCAAGUUCUCUCAACUCAUUGAAGCUACCAAUGGCUUCUCUGCAGAAAGUCUUAUUGGCUGUGGUGGGUUUGGAGAAGUGUUCAAGGCAACAUUAAAGGAUGGAUCAAGCGUUGCAAUCAAGAAGCUUAUUAGGUUGAGCUGCCAGGGUGAUCGUGAAUUCAUGGCUGAAAUGGAAACUCUAGGGAAGAUAAAACACAGAAACCUUGUUCCUCUGCUUGGUUACUGCAAGAUCGGUGAGGAAAGACUACUUGUCUAUGAAUUUAUGGAAUUUGGGAGCCUUGAUGAAAUGCUCCAUGGAAGAGUAAGGACCAUAGACAGGAGAAUUCUCACAUGGGAUGAAAGGAAAAAGAUAGCUAGAGGAGCAGCUAAAGGACUUUGUUUCCUACACCACAAUUGCAUCCCGCACAUCAUACACAGAGACAUGAAGUCAAGCAAUGUACUGUUGGACCAUGAAAUGGAAGCAAGAGUUUCGGAUUUCGGAAUGGCAAGGCUGAUAAGUGCACUCGACACUCAUCUUAGUGUAAGCACAUUGGCAGGAACACCGGGUUAUGUCCCACCUGAAUACUACCAAAGCUUCAGAUGCACUGCAAAAGGAGAUGUGUAUUCAUUCGGGGUUGUACUAUUGGAACUCCUGACAGGAAAAAGACCGACAGAUAAGGAUGAUUUUGGCGACACUAAUUUGGUGGGAUGGGUGAAAAUGAAGGUAAGAGAAGGGAAACAAAUGGAAGUGAUAGACCAAGAAUUGUUAUCUGUCACCAAAAAGACUGAUGAAGCCGAAGUAGAAGAGGUCAAAGAAAUGGUUAGGUAUUUGGAAAUAACAUUGCAGUGUGUGGAUGAUUUCCCUUCAAAGAGGCCAAAUAUGUUACAAGUUGUGGCCAUGUUGAGAGAGCUGAUGCCUGGAUCAGCUAAUGGAAGCAGCAACAGUGGUUAAAAGAAAAUGGGGUAUUUGCAUUUGUAAUCAAGAUUAGUGUAAGAAGGUGAUAAGCUUUUUCAAGAUUUUAUGCUAAGGAUUUCAAGAGUUCUUCUGUAACUAAUUGCAAAUGUUUUUAAUUUUUGCUCUGUUGACUAGUGCCUAACAGUAAAUCAUGAGCGUGUUUAAGGUUUUCUUUUC